GCAUGCGUGACGCCGCCACGGAGCGGCCGUAAAUCGGCGCAGGCGCGGUGCGGCGGGGGCCGCGGUGAGGGGAAGGCCUCCGGCGGCGCGGGGCAUUGUGGGCCCGAUUGAGGAAGUAAAAUGGCGGACCUCGCGAACGAAGAAAAACCUGCCAUUGCUCCACCGGUGUUUGUAUUUCAGAAGGAUAAAGCACAGAAGAGAUCAGCAGAUGGAUCGAGUCCGGAAGAUGGAGAUGAAUCUGAUCGCGAGGACGGGAACUACUGUCCACCUGUAAAGCGGGAGAGAACUUCAUCCUUAACUCAGUUCCCUCCUUCUCAGUCAGUAACAAAGAACAAUGUCUUCAUGCCAUCGAGCUUCUGUGAACCCUCUACAGGCAAUUCUGACUCGGAACCAGAGGAGAAGAGCAGCGGGUUCCGGCUGAAGCCGCCGAUCCUGAUCCACGGGCAGGCGCCCAGCGCAGGUGUCCCCAGCCAGAAGCCGAAGGAGCAGCAGCGCAGCGUGCUACGCCCGGCCGUGCUACAGGCGCCGCAGCCAAAAGCUUUCUCACAGAUGGUUCUCAGCAGCGGCACCAACGGUGUAAAUAUCCCACCAGAUUCUGCAGCCACAUCAGAAUCACUAAGUAACACAACACUGAAAAGUUCGGACUCUGAAGACAAGGCAGCAGAAUGUCAGAAAAAGGAGUCCAGCAAUGCUUCAGAUGAUGACAGCUCUGAGAAGGCGGAACUGAACGCACAGCAAGCCUUUGUGUUUGGGCAAAACUUAAGAGAUAGAGUUAAGCUAGGAGACGAGAGCGAUGAGACAGCCGACGUGCAGAACGCCGGCCUCCCCGCCUCAGACGCACCUUCUGCAACAAACUAUUUCCUACAGUACAUCAGUUCCAGUGUAGAGAACUCGACAAACAGCGCAGACGCAUCGAGCAACAAGUUUGUUUUUGGACAGAACAUGAGCGAGCGAGUCCUAAGUCCACCCAAAUCAAAUGAAGGGAGCACAGAAAGCAACAAGGAGAAUGCUGCUACGGAGUCUGGGUCUGAGUCAUCUUCUCAGGAAGCCACACCAGAGAAAGCUAACAACAUUUCGGAGUCGCUGGCGGAAUCUGCGGCCGCCUACACCAAAGCGACGGCGCGCAAGUGUCUGUUGGCCAAGGUCGAGGUGAUCACGGGGGAGGAGGCUGAAAGCAACGUGUUACAGAUUCAGUGCAAGCUGUUUGUGUUCGAUAAAAACUCUCAGUCGUGGGUGGAAAGAGGUCGGGGGCUCCUGCGGCUCAACGACAUGGCCUCGACGGACGACGGGACGCUACAGUCUCGGCUGGUGAUGAGGACUCAGGGGAGUCUCAGGUUAAUUUUAAAUACCAAGCUCUGGGCUCAGAUGCAGAUCGAUAAAGCCAGUGAGAAGAGUAUCCGGAUCACCGCCAUGGAUACAGAGGACCAAGGAGUUAAAGUUUUUCUUAUAUCAGCCAGCUCUAAGGACACGGGGCAGCUGUACGCUGCGUUGCACCACCGGAUCUUGGCCUUACGGAGUCGAGUGGAACAGGAGCAAGAGGUGAAGAACGUGGCGCCCGAGCCAGAGGUGACGCAGUCGAACGAGGAGGACAGCGACGACGAUGUCCUCGCGCCCACAGGAGCCGUUGGAAGCGGUCCCAAUGAGGAGGGCGACGGGCAGAACGUGGGCAGCACAUAGCAGACGUGAGCCGCUCUGCUUGCAAGGCUGCUAUCGACACCAUCUUGCAGGCGCCUCUGGAUACCCAGGCCAGCUGUUAUUUCAGGCAGUGUUGAAGGCUCCAGGACUUAAAAACUCUGCAUCCCCGUUCUGUUUGUUUGGUUUUUUGGUCUGGAUCAGUAGAUUCCACACACACACACACACAAACAAAAGCAAAGCAGACUUGGAAACUACCUGAAUGUGGUUUGGGACGUGAAAGCUCAUCAUAUUGAUGAGCCAAAAAACCAACAACAACAACAUAAAAAACCAAACAUCUCCCCUCUUCCUUGUAGUUGAAAUGGCACAUUACAGCUUGUCACGGCUUUUCAUUGGGACCUUUUGACUGUUUCUUCGGUAGUUCGUGUCUUGCAGGCCUCCAGCUAGAACUUUCCGGCACGGUUCCGACUCGAGUUCUGCUUUGUCACCCCUGCUCCCCCCAUGAGUUUGUCACCUGCAGGGACCGUGUCCUCACCAGUUCUGCGCUCACUGGCUGCCCCGCCGGGCUCUUUCUCUUUCUGUUUGUUGGCCUGCAGAUGGGACAUACUGUGUUUUUACCAUUUAACCCCAACACAGGUUGCGGACACCGUUGGUCCCUGACUAGUGUGUUUGUAAACAGAAACAAAACAUUGUGGUUCACCAGAAAAUCUUCUUUAAUUUUUUUAAUGCGGUAAUAAGAGACUUGAAGGCCGCAGGACGUUUUGCUGACUCCUUUUCUUUCUUCCCAUGUCGUUAUUAUUAUUUGGAGAUUUAUAUUGUGGUGACAUUUUUUUAUUUUAGUUUUUCAAUAAGACGCUCUCGUGUGUUGAAAAAGUGGAACUAUUGUUUUGUACCGUUCUUUUCUGUUACUAUUUAAGGGAGAGCCAAGCCACUAUAUAUAAUAGAUGUUAUAUACAAUUUUUCUUAGGAAAUGAUAUGUUUCUGUGGCUACAGCGAAGUGUGGGAGGCAUACAGGUUACACCUUGAGCAAAGCGAUGAGGAAACAGCUCUUAGCCCUUGGAAGAAUCAAACAGGCUCAUGUAAUGAGCUCCGUCAGCCCUGAAAACCAAUCUGUGUAAGAAAGCAGCUCUCAGUUAAUGGCUUGAUUCAACAAGCCAUUGAAGCACUUGCCUGACUUAACCACGUGUGAAUAAUCUUCCCGAAGUCAAUGCAACUAUUCUCGCUUCGAGUCGAGUGCGUUUUUAAAUACCUUGCUGAAUUAACGGCCUUAAAUAGAGAAUUAACUUCUAACCCUUCUGUCCCUGUUCUGGUUCCUGAAGUCCUGCAGCAUGAAGAAAAGGGUGAUAUUGCCGGCUUUGAGUAGUCUGGGCUGAAGGAUAUUGUUGUAUUCCGUUCCACCAAAAUAAAAGCAAGAAUGUGUUUUCCUGUGUGUAAUUCUGCCGAGCUCCUGGAGCCGUAACUCGCUCUUUGCUUUGGAUGUUUUCCAAUCGUUUGGGCCUUUUGUGUGGAAGUUGAGCUUUAUUUUGGUAUUAAAACACAUGGGAUAUUCUUGUCCAGCAAAGUUGGAAUGUCAUAGUCACCGGGGAAGUGACCAGGUCACUGUCCCUAUAACUUCCCCAAACUUCUAUUCCCUUUAUAAACAAUUAGUGAUAAUUUCUCCCUUGCUUGCUCUUUCUCUGGUAGGUUAAGGAGACGUAAAACGCACCGUUUAAGAGAAAAUUAAAGGGGAAGAAGCAUUUAACGAAGCAAGAAUUGAAAAUGAAAACGCAGGUUGUAGCACAAAAGCAACUUUGAAACUCUUCCUGUAGCAAAACGGUCCGUAUUACCUGUGUCUUAGUGAAACCCUCGUUUUCGCUGGGAGUCACGAAUGUGUUUUCACCUGUUUGUUGAUGCUGUUGGAGACCGAAGCCCAUGGAAGGAACACGGGGUGAAAAGGGCCGAUGACCAGCUGUGCGUUGGUGGUUUCUCUGCUCAUGCCUUUUUGCUUUUUAAAAUAUCUUUCUCCUUAGAGUUCUGAGUUGUUUUUUAACCAUAUACAAACCUACUGAUGCCCGUUCUCACGCCGGCAUAACGUGUCCCUCAAUACCCCCUCCACUGUUCCUGCAUCACAAGGUCUGUAUUUUCAAACAAGUCAUCUGCACUCUGCAUCUUUUUAUACUCAAGAUUUCAACCGUUUUCAAACAGCUUCGCAGCAUCAAGAAAAUUAAACAGGUGUUGUGGGCAGCAGGGCCUGUUUGUGGAGGAACAGGUUUCGUUUCCCAGUCCCACACUCUGUGCAGAGUCUCACUUGGAGGUGCUUGGCCUGGAAUAAGAACGAUGGUGUGCGAAGAUUGAGGAGAAUGGAGCAAGCGUGCUCGCUUUGGGGUUCAGUGCUGCUACACGAUCACCCGAAUGCAGAAUCAUUCAGGCCAGAUGUUAUAGCAGCAUUUUGAUUUUCUGGGGUAAUGUUUCCUUACCUGUGAGGAUCAGCACAGAGCAUCCUGAGAAUAUCUGGCAGUUAUUUACCGAUGCGUAUUUUAAUUUCAGCUGGAAGUUUUGCGUUUCUAGCAAAGAGGGAAAUCCCGGCGUGAAGCGCUGGCACAACCGGCCACAGAUCGAGCUCAGGCCAAAGCAAAACCUGCUCUGCUUAGUGAAUAGAGAGAGGUGAAACCCGGUAAUGCCCAUGUGUUUAGAGAGAUUUAUGUAAGGUGGUCAUAUCAAAACGUACAUGGGAUCUGUAUUAAAGCUGUUAUCAGAGAACGAGCCGCCCGUGUGGCGUUUCCCGCCGGGCUGCGGCUGUCGGGAGGUUCGUGAUCCCCGGGUUUGUCGUCUUGCAGCGCCUGUACCACCCUCCCGCUGCACCUUUGCUCUUAGCUCUGGUAUCAUAUGGAUGUUUAAGAUCACUGUGUAUCAUGUGCGGGCUGAUGUGGACACAGCCCUGCAAGUUUUCCGUACUGAAGGGUGUAAUGAGUCGAGCACAUUUGAUGGGGGAAAUGUUGCAAGAAUGAUGAUGUUACUAAAGGCAGAAGUAAACUUAUACAUACGAUUUAAAAUGAGAUUAUACCCACAGGAAAUGCAAACAUUAAGGUAAGAAAGUGAGGGAAUAAUCACAACAUCUUCCUGUAAUCCAGUUCCCGGUGCGUGAUGCAGACAGGGCAGGGCGAGAUCUAACUAAGCUGGACCUUGGCAGUCCUGCGCCUAAGCCAGGCUGGGCAGCGUCCAAGGAAUAAACCGCCCACCUCUGCGAUGACUCUGCCCCGGUUCCCCCCCGAGGUGUCGACCCCACCGCUCGGGUGUCGCCGUUUGAUUGUUGGAACACGUCCCGUGCUGCACUUUGGCCUCUUGUUCUCCCAGUGAGUGUAGAAAAUGGUUUAUUUCCUUUCUAGCAACAUGUUACGUAUUUGAAAUCUUACCAUGUUUCCCCGUAAUCUUCUCUAGUUUUAGGAAUUCCAACUAUGAUAAUUGCCAUAAUUUGUCAUGCAAGAUUUCAUUAAACUGACUUUUCACUGUG